AAUCUGUCUUGUUCCAUUGUUCGCCUCUGGUCUUAUUUGAACUCAUCCACACUCUGUGCCGUUCCCGUCGAUCUUGCUCUGCGAUCGUUUUCGAAAGUUCUUGGAUCUGGUUUGGAGACGGGAAUUUCGUGCGGAGGGAACUGGAUCGAGUCGAGAAAUACAAGUACUUUGCGGGCUUCUCUGUCUCGGAUUUGGCGGGAUCGGGUCUCGUUUGGUUUCGUUGACGCGGUAAGGGACGCUAAGAAGAUAUUUGUGAUAUGGGUUUCGCAUUUGCCUGAAGAUGCUCUGGGUGUUGGUGCUAGUAGGGCAUUUUCUGCACUUUCUGAUUUGAACCGAUCGGCUGAUGGCCCCGUCCUUUCUAUUUAAGCAUUUUGGAUUGCAAAUUUAAGUUAAUCGGAUUUCUUCAACAGAAUGGAAAUAUUAUGGUUAAGUAAAUCCUAAAUGGUUUUUGCUUGAGACUGAAGAUUGGUUUCACGAUGCUGGGUCUGAAAGGAAAAUGCAAGUUGGCAGUGCUGGCCCUUGUUACCAUUUUCUCCCUUCUUGCUGCCUUGUAUGGGUUGUUAAGACCUGUUCCAAAUGGUUGUGUCAUGACGUACAUGUACCCAACGUACAUCCCUGUCAGAACGCCUGCAAACGUGUCAUCCAAUAAAUACGGGCUGUUCCUAUAUCAUGAAGGUUGGAAAAAGAUUGACUUCAACGAGCAUCUCAUGAAGCUCAGUGGUGUUCCUGUGCUCUUCAUUCCAGGCAAUGGUGGAAGCUACAAACAGGUGCGAUCUAUGGCAGCAGAAUCUGAUAGGGCCUAUCAGGGAGGUCCCCUCGAGGCUACCUUUUAUCAAGAAGCUCUUUUUACACCUGAUGUUGGAGGAGGGGAUGAAGAUACCACUUUUACACCACCUAAUCAAUACUCACACAUGCUUGACUGGUUUGCUGUUGAUCUUGAAGGAGAACACUCUGCAAUGGAUGGACGGAUACUUGAAGAGCACACAGAGUAUGUUGUUUAUGCUAUUCACAGGAUUUUGGAUCACUAUGUGGAGUCUCAAAAUGCUCGGUUGAAAGACACUGGUGAAACUGCUGGAAGGUUGCCUAGAAGUGUCAUUUUAGUUGGGCAUUCAAUGGGUGGAUUUGUUGCUAGAGCUGCUAUUGUCCAUCCUCAUUUAAGAAAAUCAGCUGUGGAAACUAUUCUUACUCUUUCUAGUCCACAUCAGUCUCCACCACUGGCCCUGCAACCAUCAUUAGGACGAUUCUUUUCACAAGUAAAUAGUGAUUGGAGAAAAGGCUAUGAGGUUCAAAGGGCACCUUCAGGUCAUUGGGUUUCUGAUCCAGUGCUUUCAAAUGUUAUUGUCAUAUCCAUUUUUGGUGGCAUUCGUGAUUACCAGGUCCGCUCAAAAUUGGCAUCUUUAGAUGGUAUAGUACCAGCAAGUAAUGGCUUUAUGAUUGGCACCACGGGCAUGAAGAAUGUAUGGCUAUCAAUGGAACACCAAUCCAUUUUAUGGUGUAAUCAACUUGUAGUACAGGUGUCACAUGCACUUCUGAGUAUUGUUGAUUCUGAAACUGGUCAACCAUUUGUGAAUGCUCGCAAAAGGCUUGCUGUGUUCACCAGAAUGCUUCAAAGUGGAAUACCUCAAAGCUUUAACUGGGUGAAGCAGAUACCAGCCCCUUCGCGUACUGAUAAGGCUAAUGUUCAAACUGACAAAAUCCUUGUUGCUGGUGGCCAGAUGUACUCUUCUUGCCCCGAGUCUGUUAAUUGGGCAGCUGAUAGCCUUGAGAGAGAUCUAUAUAUCCAGUCACCAACUGUUACUGUCUUGGCCAUGGAUGGUAGAAGAAGGUGGCUUGACAUCAAGGAAUUGGCUUCAAACGGCAAAGAUCAUUUUGUAUUUGUCACAAAUCUUGCUCCAUGCUCUGGGGUUAGAAUUCAUCUUUGGCCUGCAAAAAGCAGAGAUUAUUUACAUGGAAAUAUCUCUUCAGGCAAAAGGAUUGUUGAGGUGACAUCAAAAAUGGUUCACAUUCCAGCUGGACCUGCACCAAGGCAGAUUGAGCCUGGAAGUCAAACAGAGCAAGCUCCUCCAUCAGCUGUCCUGCAAUUAGGCCGAGAAGAUUUGGAUGGUUUCCGGUUCAUCACAAUUUCAGUUGCUCCUCGUCCGACUAUAUCAGGCAGGCCUCCUCCUGCAGCUUCCAUGGCAGUUGGGCAGUUCUUCAGUCCAAAAGAAGGAGAGAAAAUUUUCUCUCCAAGCUCUCUUAUUCUUUCUCCCUAUAUUCCAGAGGAGAUCUUGCUGGCAGAGAAUCAUCCCCUUAUAUUGAACUUGUCAUUCUCAAUCAGUAUUGGCCUUCUGCCUGUUACUUUGUCAGUGAAGACAACAGGUUGUGGAAUAAAGGAUUCUGGGCUUCCAAUUGAGCAGGCUGGAGAUGCUGAACACAGUGGCCUCUGCAAACUGCGUUGCUUUCCACCGGUAGCACUUGCUUGGGACUCCACAUCUGGUUUGCAUAUUAUUCCAAACUUGUAUCUUGACACUGUUAUGGUAGAUUCAUCACCUGCAAUGUGGGGAUCAGAUGCAGGAUCUGAUAAGACCACUAUCUUGCUGAUGGUAGAUCCACAUUGUUCUUAUAAAAUCAGUGCUUCUGUAUCUCCCACAGUCUCUGCGAGUAGAUUCUUACUUCAGCAUGGUUCCCAGGUGUUCGGUUUCUGCACAGUUGUUUUGUUUUUUGCCAUGAUGCAACAAGCACGUGCUUGGGAACUUGAUCUUCCAUUGCCGUCACUACUCUCAGCUAUUGAAUACAAUAUGAGAAUGCCAAAGAUGUUCACUGUCUUGGCUCUUGUACCAAUAUUGGUGUUUGGAUUGCUUUCAGCCAUUUCAUCUCAGAUGUCUCCUCCAUUUGCCAACUUUGUUAUUGUUUCUGUAGUUUGCUACCUCCUUGCAAACGGGACAAUUAUCAUUUUAGUAUUGGUGUCCAAAUUAAUCUUUUAUGCUGCUGCUGUCACACAUGUUUUUAUUUGUCAACGGUGGCAGUCAUGGGAAAGAAAUGCUAGCUUCAUCCUUCGACUCAAAUUCACCAAAUUAUUUUCCUUCAUUUCUUCAAUUAAGGUGGUUUGCAUGAUACAAAGAAACCCAACUGCUGUUGUAGCACUGGUUACAGUUCCACUGGUCUGCUUUGUUCAUCCUGCCCUUGGGCUGAUUGUGCUGCUUCUUUCUCAUGCUUCAAAUUGUCAUAUGGCCCUCUGCAGUUUUUUGGCGGCUUGCUUUCGCAGCCAUGCACAGAAGAAGGAGAAGUGGCUAAAUGCAAAGGUCAGAAGUGGUAUAUCCAGCCGAUCUAAAUCUAGCAAUGCAUUUGAUCAGCUUCUUCCAAUGGAUGAUAACCAUUCUACCAGCCCAAAUUCUGCAAAGAGCUAUGGUGAUACACAAUUGGAUAUUUUUCACUACCGACAGGGCUUGCUUAUGUUGCAUUUGUUUGCAGCACUUAUGUUUGUCCCAUCACUUGUUGCAUGGACUCAGAGAAUUGGGAUGGGCCAAAGCUUCCCAUGGUUCAUUGAUUCAGCACUUUCAGUUGGAGUCAUGCUCCAUGGUCUUUGUGGUUGGAAGCCAGAGCAUAACAUUCCUUUGUUCCCAUUACCUGGCAUGCAUGGGAGAGAAGUUGGGUUGAGCUUUUUUUACUUUCUUGCUGGUUACUGCUGUUAUUUUUCUGCUCUUCAAUUGGCACCAUAUCAAGCUUGCUAUGCAAUGGCUUCCAUUGGUGUUAUUACUGUAAUUUUGAGAAUUAUCCACAGACGAAGUAGAGAGAAGGGGAAUAGUCAUUUUAGCAGCAGAAAACAUUCUCACAGACACUAGAGCUCUAUGGUGCUUGUCAUCUUUUUCUCCAUAUGGGCAUUAUGGGUCACAACGCAGCAGCUGUCUUCUGUCCACCUCUGUGGAUUACUUGCUGACCUGAGGAGUGCAUGGAAGAGUCAUAUCAUUCUUAUGAAGGAAUUUUCAUGGCCAUUUGCAGGUCCUUCGUUCUUCCAAUUGAUUUCUAGCUGAUGAAUUGAGUUUUGGCAUGGGAACAGGUUGGAUCCUUUUUGCAAUGUAGAGUCUUCCACAACAUGCUAUUCUCAUCAGGCAUGCUACUGAAGAAUUAUAGAUGUCUUGGAGCAAUAUUCGUGUCAAAAAUUACUAUUUAGCAGAUACCAGAGGUAUCUACAAUCUUGUAAACGUGCAAACUUCGGGAGAGUUUGUUGAAGUGCUGGACUCGAAAUGAUUGAUUUGAAUAUAAACAGGAAACCCAGUGCACUAAUCUUGAAAUAUCAUGGACAUAUUCCAAGAUUCUCAAAUACUGAUAUUAUCUC